AUGCGGCAGUUCGAUUUUCUUACUCAGCGCUUCACGCAGGGAAGUUUGGACGGCGUCAUCUCUCCCACACCCGCAAGUCCCAGGGUUCCCACUGCAAGCAAAAAUUCUGUGGAGGACGUCACUAGCUCAGGUGGCUUGAACAAUUUUCAUACUACCUUCAAACGCAGAAUACUUCCUCCGAGACGUCGCAAAACAAUCACUGCGCUAAUCUCUCCUAAGGAUUUACAAUCCCACUCUCCUUUGGCUAGUACGAAGUGGUACGCACCAUCGUGUUCCGCGUCUGCGACCAAUCCCGAACAUCCGAGAGCACCCAACUCGAAAUUAGACCCCGAACAGUCUGACCCGCUACGCAAUCCGAGUUCGUUCACCAGAUGGCGUCCUUGGGUUCCCAAUCAUCCCAAUUCGUCUACAUGCAGUCCGGUGUUGGACCAACCCAUGCUUCGGGUUAUGGCGGUUGAUGAACGCGCGGGUCAUCUACGAAAUCAACUGUACCCGGCACGGCCCAGUCUCACUGCUGGCGAACUUUGUAACAUGCUGGCAUUCGAAAUGAAAAUAUUUGAUCCAAAGGAAUUUGGGCUGUUCGCACAUAGAGAAGGAAAAGAGGUACUCUUAGACGAUCACAUCCAUUUGAUCGAUUUCAUUGAAACAUCCAACCACGGAUCAAACCAGAUAUUUGGCAAUCAACGUUCACCGACGGUGUUUACCGCCAAUUCGACGCGGCAUCCACUACGGCUGGUGAACAAAACGGUGCAACGUUCACUGUCCUCUCGAUCCAAUUCUCCACCGAGCAGCAGUUCAUCAGGGUCGUACUCACAUGGCAUCAAGAAGCCCGAACGUUCCAAUUCCUUCUCUGUCGCCAGAUGGCUGAUGCGCAAACGGAAUGGAUUGGAUGUAGGCGGAGUGGUCGUUCCGGCAAACGAGCUCAGAUCUGUUAGAUCUCAACUCAAGCCCACAACUUCCGCCGAUGCACUAGGCCUCCUCCCAUCAACACCUCACCAAACCAUGGGUGGGGAACCGGUGUUGAUUUACAAACGGAUUACAGGUGUAUUCGCUAUCUCCGAGCGCGCUUUCAGUGAUCAUCGCUACAAGCUACAAUCAUCACCUCAGAAGCAGAUGUCGCCCUGUUCAGGUAAACUAUAAAGCUACGAACUAUCUCGAAACCUGACAGACGCUUGUGCUCACCUCAACUAUGUUCACCGUCUCCAGUCCGUACGGUCAGACUACAGACCGAAUGAUCACUGUCCUUCUAGUGCAAUAUCCACACAAGUGAUUCUUUUUCUGAAUCAUCCUCGCCAAACCUCUGAUUGCCGCCCACUACGUGACUUCUUUCCUACAAAUUUCGGAGCUGAUUUAUUAUCGACCCUAUCAUCGAUGAAAUGAUUUUUUCACAUCGAUACAUCAUGUUCAGCAGUGUGUCAUUUUGAAAUGG